AUGGUCGCCGCCGAGCUCCAGAAGCUCGACGACGAGAUCGAGGAGCUGCAGAUCAAGCUGCGGACCAUCGAGGCGGAGUCCGACGGCCUCAUCAGCGUGCAGGACCUCAUGGAGGCGCUGAAGACGCUGGGGAAGAAGACGCCGCGGAAGGACGUCGAGGACAUGAUCUGGGAGGUCGACGAGGACCUGGACUGCUGCGUGAACUGGGAGGAGAUGCUCCUCAUGUUCCAGCGGAACAUCCGGGACCGCACGGGCCUCGAGCCGAGCCAGCUCUUCAACGUCGUCCAGUUCAUGAUCUUCGACCAGGACGAGAACGGCCUCGUGUCCGUCGACGAGACCAUGAACAUGCUCUACGCGCGCUACGGCCGCGUGCGCAUGGAGGCCAAGCUCAAGGAGCUCUUCGGCGACGACAUGCGGGAGACGGGCACGCAGGGCGGCGAGAUCGACUUCCUGACGUACCUGCGCGCCGUCGAGAAGACGCAGCUCAUGACCUUCCUCAACUCGGCCCACGGCAAGGCCCAGGUCGCCAAGGCCGGCUCCGCGCGGAAGCUCAUGGGCGCGUCCCUCGGCGACCUCGAGAAGGGGUCCCACCACUAG